GACUGGAUUGAGCUGCUGCACACAUACUCUCUGUGUGACUUAAAAAAUGUGGAGGGACGUUAGGAGCGCUCCUCCAUAUUCCAAAACCUUGUCAUCUUUUAAGGAAAGACUGAGAAGAUGUUUCUUGGAUAUCUGCCAUCGCCUCCAGUGAGUCUCCAGUGGACGCCGGCUCCCCAACGAAUCAACAUGUCUCGCUCUCAGCCCACAAUGUGAGUGCUGCCCGACGAGUCUCUGCGACAACAGGAUUUUAAACCAUGGCCAUCAGCCAAGCCCUGCGAACUGGCCCGAUCGGCAUCUAGAGCUGCCCACCGCAAGAGAGAGACCUCUGGGUGAGCGAGAGCGGGAGUUCAAACUUUGCAACUCUUUAACAUGAGAGCAGCCAGCAGCCCUGCCUGUCUGUCCCCUCUGCUGCUGUGCCUGUGUGUGCUCCAGAGGAGCUAUGGGACCCCUUCUGCGCCCAGCCCCACAUUCAUCCACAACCAGACCAAACUGCCCGACGGCAACAAGGACUCGCACCAUCGCCCUAAGCGAGGCUGGAUCUGGAAUCAGUUCUUCGUUUUGGAAGAGCACAUUGGGCCGGAUGCCCAGUAUGUGGGGAAGUUACACUCAAACUCAGACAAAGGUGAUGGCUCCGUCCAAUAUCUACUCUCUGGAGAAGGUGCCGGUAACAUAUUCACAAUCAACGAGUUAACGGGUGAUAUUCAUGCAAAGAAAAGCCUGGACAGAGAAAAGAAGAGCCAUUAUAUCCUCCACGCUCAGGCUGUCGACCGCUUCACCAAUAGAGCCGUGGAACCUGAGUCCGAAUUCAUCAUCAAGGUCCAGGAUGUUAACGACAAUGCCCCCAAAUUCCCAGAUGGCCCCUUUUCAGCCUUCGUGCCUGAGAUGGCAGACAUCGGAACGUCGGUAUUCCAGAUCACUGCCACAGAUGCCGAUGAUCCCACCUACGGAAACAGCGCCAAGAUCGUCUACAGCAUUCUCCAAGGGCAGCCUUUUUUCACCGUCGACCCCAAAACUGGUGUCAUCAGAACAGCUUUGCCGAACAUGGACAGAGAAACUAGAGAGAUGUACUCCGUCAUCAUCCAAGCCAAAGACAUGGCCGGCUCUGUCGGGGGCCUGUCCGGAUCCACAACAGUCAACAUCUCACUGACCGACGUCAACGACAAUCCACCACAAUUCCCUCAAAAGAACUAUCAGCUGUACGUGCCAGAAUCUGCUCAGGUAGGGAAAGCAGUUGGUAAAAUCAGAGCGAACGAUGAAGAUCUUGGCAUCAACUCUGAGAUGACAUACAGAAUUACCAAUGAAGAAGGAGCUGCCAUGUUUUCCAUCUCUACAGACAGUGACAAGAGAGAAGGAAUCAUCUCCCUCAGAAUGCCUCUGGACUACGAGAAGAAGAAAGCGUACUCUUUGAACAUAGAAGGUAUCAACACCCAUCUGGAUCCACGUUUUUCUUACCUGGGCCCUUUCAAAGACACCACCAUGCUCAAGCUUAUCAUUGGGGAUGUUGAUGAAGCUCCUGUGUUUACUAUGGACUACUAUAUCAUGGAUGUGUAUGAAAAUGCUCCAGCUGGGACAGAAGUUGGCAUGGUAACUGCUCAAGACCCGGACAGCACAAGAAGCAAAGUCAGAUAUUCCAUUGACCAAAAUGCAGAAGGUGAUGCACUUUUCAGUAUCGAUGUUGACAGUGGACUCGUUACAACCACCAGGAGUCUAGACCGAGAGGAGGUAGCCUGGCACAACAUCACAGUGAUGGCUUCAGAGAUUGACAAUCCAAAUCUGGUGAGCUAUGUACCAGUCACAGUCCAGGUCUUGGAUGUCAAUGACAAUGCCCCCUAUAUUGCCACUGACAGUCCUCUGGUUGUGUGUGAAGGCUUCAAGGCAGGCCAGGUCAUUCAAACCAUCAGGGCUACAGACAAGGACAACUUCGCCAAUGGUCGGUUCACUUUUGCUCUACCAGAAGACCUUCCAGCAAAUCCAAACUUCACUCUGAAGGACAAUGAAGCCAUCGUGGUUCUGUUUGUCACUCUGCGUAGCAAGAAGAGCAAAAAGGUGCCUCUGAUCAUCUCGGCAGAGGAUAUCAGAGAGAACGUAGUCACGUACGAUGACGAGGGAGGAGGCGAGGAAGACACAGAGGCCUUUGACAUAGCAGCACUGAGGAACCCCGCGGCAGCCGAGGAGAUGAGGAUGAGGAAGGACCUGCAGUCAGAGGUGUGGAGAGCAAUGGGGACCGAGGCUCUCAGACCGGCUUUGACCUUACCGGACGAGGACAUCCGUGAAGUGAUUAAGCUCAAGGUGGUCGAGGCCGACCGGGACACAAGCGGCCCUCCAUACGAUUCUCUUCAGACUUACGCUUAUGAGGGCCACGGCUCCCUGUCCGGGUCCAUCAGCUCACUGGACCUGCCAGAGCCUCAGCCAGAGCUGGACCUCAGUGAGGUAGACAACUGGGCCCUGAGGUACAAAUACUGAGCAAAGUCUUUCAAGAGAAAGUCCAGCAGCACGUCCCAUAAUGGCUGCGCAUGUUCCGUAAACCAGAGGUUGUGUGUCGUUUCCCUGAUGUCUGGUCAAAUGGAACUGCAGUGAAGACUGAAGGUUUCCUUUGUUUUGGUUUUUGUUUUUUCAUCCAGUUUUGCUGUGGGAUUAUUGACUGUUGUUUUUCACUGGCCUCUACAAGUGGAAGUUGAUUUUUGAAGAAAACGUUUAAAAUUGAGAAAAAAUGAGAACUCAUAAA